CUAGCCCCCAGAGCCAAAAAAAAUAAAACUAGCAUUACAGUUCACUAAUACUACCCCAUUUCUGCAUAUGUAAGGAGCAUACAAUGAACAGCCUUGCAGUGAACAAACUAUAAAUCAAUCAAAGAACCAUAACGCCUUCACAUGGUCAAAAGGCUAGCAACCUAUCAAACUGGCGUACCUUGGUACCCUGAGUACGGGAGACGAGAGUCUUCCCGACAUUCUUAUGGGUGAACAUUGCAGGAGCCUUGAUAUCAUACCAAUCCUUCUUGGAGAAGGGAUCCGCUCUGUUCCCAGAUAGAGAAAAGGGCAAUCGAACGACAGAAUGAACUCCAGUGAGAAAGGAUUCAAACAGAAAAUACCUUCAACCACAGACACAUGAGUAAGAAAAUAAAAUCGUCAAAGGUACAGAAAUACUCACGCCUUCUUCUUGCCUCCCUUCUUCCCCUUGGAAAUCCUCUUGUUCUUGCUGCAAAAAAGUUCCACAGAGACCAGAAGUCAGCAAAACAACGAAGGAGACAAAGGUCGGAAAUGAAAAGGCUGCACGGGGAUAGGAGAGACGCACCCUACAGCCAUGGUUGGAGGAGAUAAGGAGCUUCUGCCGAGCAAAGACGACGAUGCGGCUGGCUAGCUCUUUGUAUUAUGCAAGAAGCCUUCUGUGCGAAUCAAAAACCCUAGUUGGUGGUGGUGUUGGAUUAUAAAGGUCUCGCCGCUAUCAGUAUUUGCUGGGUCGAGAUGGCCCGAGCUAGAAUGGGCUCCGCUCGUUUGUUCAACUCUGGACAUGAGCAAAGGGAUGUUAAGUGGGCCCAAAACGUGAAUGGGCUGUCGCUUGGAGAUGCAAAGUUGGGCUGUUGAGAUUCAUAACUUAGGCCUUUAAGCCGGACAGGUGACAAAAUCCAAGCUGUGGGGUGCGUUCAUCGGCGUGGGUUCUGGUGCUUAAACCCAAAACCUUAAGAAGUUGCUUAAACUUCUCCUAUUGGCUUAUAGGAAAUUAGUUAAUCUAUGGAUGUUAGUUGUUAGUCGGUGGUUAAAGGAUAUUUAGGGCAUUAGGAGAUUUUAAUUAUUUUGAAAUCUAACGUGAUAUAUUUAGUUAGGGUUUAUACAUUUUCUCCGCCCUCGGCUUGUUUCAAGGAAAGAUUUUUCCCUCUCCCCUUCAACCUUCCGACUGUGCAUCUCCUCUUGCGGCUGCACAACAAUCUCCUCAUCAAGAUCCAGGCGACACUUGUAACUUCCAAAAAAUGGACCGUCCACUUUCCUACCGCCCGACGUUGGAGGUGGAAUAGGCUCUACGAUCGAGACGGUCGUUUUGCCAGGUCGGCAACCACGAGAUCUAACUGUCGGUGUCGAGCUUUAGAUGGAGUUCUUGUUGCGGAGUGCCGAAGCCGACGACGACGAGUUAGUUUCCGCACCCAUGGAGCGACUGCAGGCCGGAACUAUACGGUGACCUCUCCACGACAAGACGAAUCUAAAGCCUAAGAAGCGGCGGCAAACGAGCGCUGAUGAUAUGUCGCGCCUAUAACUGGGAGCGCAUGUUCUUGGUUAAUUAAUAAUAUUCUUGUGAGAGGUAUGAAGUCGGUAUAGUGAUUAUAGAUAUUAUCCGUUGAGAAACAACACGUUCUCAUUAAUAGUGAUCUUGUUAAUAACCCCAAAUUAUUUAAGAAACUUUAAUAAAGGCUAAAAUAGUGAGCAACAGGGGGUGCUAAGGUAUUGUAAUGAUAUAACUAUUGUUGUUAACCUUUUAGUCUACAUUAGUAACCUAGUUUGUAUCAUUAUUAAUAGGUGUAUAUAAGUGUAAUCAAUGUCUUACAAGGAAGGUAUUAAUAACAUCUAGUAAGAUAAUUAAUAAUUAUUAGUUGCUAUCAUUACCAAAUAUUUUGAAAGAGAUUGAAAUAGCUAGCAAGUAAACGGGGAUGGUAAGGUAUUGUUAAUGAUAUAACAAUUGUUAUUAACCUUUUUAGUCUAAUUUAGUAACGUAGUUGGUGUAAUUAUUAAUGAGUGUGUAUAAGAGUUAUUAAUAUUUGAAACUAAGAUAUUACUAAUACCUUAGAAGGUAAUUAAUAGCCAUUUUAAUUGCAUUAUCCAUGAAACACAUGUUAGUUAUUAACAUUUUUAGUAGUUUUUUUUAUAGCUUGACCGAUUAUUUUAUUAAUACGUUUUUAGCGGUAUUUGACAUUAAACAUUGCAUCUGAAUAGUAAUAAUAAUUUCUUUUAUUUUCAACGAACUUUUAUUUUCUUAUCAGUGAUUUCCUCAUUUGUUAUUAAUGGUUUUUAAUAUCAUUAUUAAAACCCUGAUGUCAUUUUUAUAUUAAAGCCUAUCAUUUUUAACGUUUUUGUUUUAGAUUUGAACGAAAAACAACAUUUUGAUGAACACUUUGGAUGAUAUUUGAUAAUUAAAAUUAAGUCGGACUUUAUUGAUGUUUUGGGUUUAGUUUCAAGGAAAUAGUUUUUUGUUAUCAAGGAUUUAUUGUAUUGUUAUUAGAAGUUUAGUGCACAUGUGUGAAUGUUGGUUUGCUUGAACUACUAUUUUUCUUUACAUUGUCACAUGUGCACUAUGUCACAAGUGUUGAAGAUGUUGAAAAUCAAUAUUGUGCUUUAUGAUCAUUGAGAACGAUAAUUUAAAGAGAUAUCAAUUAAUCGCAAAAUGUUAACAAUGUCAUUGAAAGUCUUUGGAAGAGGGCUAUGAUGAGAAAGUUAUAAACUUGACGUGAAAAUGUGAAUCAUAAGUAAAGAGGUUGUAAAUUAAUGAUAUUGUUAUUCAAACUGUUAAUGAUAAUGUUACAUAACUUUAAUGAUUCAGUCAUAAGCGUUGAUGACAAAAAUGAAAUAAGGGUAACAAUUUUUCCAAAAUUGUUAAUAAUGUAAUUGUAAUGAAUUGAUAAGUAUAUUAAAAUUGUUGAUAAUUACAAUGUAUAGUAAUAAAUAAUUCAUUUCAUGAACGUUGAUAAUGUUAUUGCAAAAUGUUAAUACUAUAUUGCAAGUUACCACGAAGUGUGAGAGAGCGGAUAUUUUUUAAUUUUCAAUUUCCAUUUUAAAAAGGGACAAAUAUUAUGUUCUUGUUUUAUUAAAUACUAAAUAAUAAUAUUUAAUUGUAUUAAUUAUGAAAUUCCAUUCUAAUUAUAAUUGUAGUGGAGAGAGAGGGUUAUGGAGAAGGUCGGGAGAGAGAAAGAGAAACAUUAAUUGAUAAUAUUAAUUAUAAUCAUUAUAUUUACAUAAUACCAAAUUUACCCUCAACUACCUAUUAACUACUUACCUUCCACUAACUACCUAAUCCACUAUCAACCAAUAGGAAUAGUUUAAGCAUUUGCUUAAACCUAUAGGCUUAAGCACCGGAUCCAACCCGGUAUCCUUCUGGGGGCUGUUGAACUUGACAAAAUUAUUGGCAUCACAGGUCGGUAUUUGUUUCGCGAUAUCAAAUAUAUAUAUUUGUUGAUAUCGCGGAUUUGAUGAAUGACAUUUGUGUAAGGCUCUAAAUAAAGAAUUUUUGGAUUCAAAACUUUUCACCCAGGUGAAAGAGGGAUAAAAGUGGCUCCUCAUGUAACUCAAAAUAUAACAGUGAAUAAUUACAUUUUGAUACUACCGUUAAGUUUGGAAACAGAAAAUAUAUUGGUACAACUAUGUGCGAAGUUAUAUGAUUUAGUUGCAACUAAAUAAAUAGGUGGUCAACAUGCAACAAAAGCAAUACUUAGGGGUCGUUUGGAUGGAUUAAUUGUCAAUGUGGUAUUUGUAAUGUCCAAUAACUCAUUUAUUGCUCAUGUGGUCACUACAAGAAAAAUGAGCUUUAGCGGCUAAUAGUGGCGACACUUUAUAUAUCAGCCCCUAAAACUUUGUAUAUAGCGACAAUUUACUUAUUUGCCUUUAAAAGUUAUAUCAUUUGUCUCUAAUUCAUUUUUUUUUAUUUUAAAGUUAUAUGUAAGUUAUUAUUUUAGGGGUCGUUUACGGAAACUCGUUGAAGGGAAAAAUACUAGAGGCACAUUGAAUUGCCGAUAAAAGUAUUAUAUGAUUACAUGCAAAAAAAAUUGCCACUAAAACGAAGAGAAAGGAAGAAUGAACAAGGCAUUCUUUGUUAUUUUUAAAGAUGAGAACUUUAGUUAUUAUUUAUUCCCUUUGUAUUUUAUUUUAUCCUUCCCCUCAUGUCCUCAUUGUUCUAUCCGCCCUAUGCCUACGGCCCUCGGCCCCUAGUUCCGCACAGUAAUCAGUUCCCGACUUCUCUAGAAUUCCUUGUCAAGCCUUCUCCUCGCCGUGUUUCUUUCCUUCUCGCCGUUACUAUUCCGUUCACCACCAUCAAAUAACUCUCGUCUCAGUUCUUGUCCUUCUGAUUUAUACACCCGACGGUAUUCCUCGUCGUCUUUCUUACGUACUCUAUGAUCAAAUUGAUUCGAUCACCAAUCCACAAGUGUAUUUUCGAUUUUAGGGUUAUAUUGGCUUCAGCCACUUCCCACUCACUUUGCCUCAUUUCCCCCUAGUUCCAUCAGAUCCCGAGGAUUGACGUUUCUUUCAUGUAAAAAUUAGGUUUUACAAACGAUAAUGAUUUGGGGGUUUCGAGGAGAGCGAGAUCGAGGUUGAUAUUUGCAUUGACGACGAAUGACAAGGUUUGGGUGUAAGGGUUUAAGCAAUUGGCGUUAUGAUUCUCUGAAUUCUUGUUCUUCUACAAUGAUUUCCUUGCACCUGUUUUUAUUUUAUUUUAUUAAACCCUUUAUUUGUUCCAUGAUGAUUCUUUUUCUUCUAAGGUUAUACACCUAUCGCUUUGAUGUUUGGAAACCUUAAGUUCAAGGAUUCUGUAGAGGAAUUCUAUUUGGUAAUUAAUUCCACUUUUCUAUCAUACCAUGUUCAGAGCUUGAUGUAUCGAUUGAGUAAGGAUGAUGUUGUCAUGAGGUGGCAUCGGGUAGAUGCCCUUUGUUCCUCGUCUGAUGUUCUUGGGAAGCAAUUUCUUGGGUUAUUUCCGGGGUGGUCUUAUUCGUGGCCUUCUGUGAUUUCCUUUCCAUUUGUUGUUUCCGAUGGAUUCCUUUCUUGAUCUUGUUAAACUUUGUUUCUUUUUCCUGUACACCUCUGGCAUAUUUUGUUGGUAAUGAAUUUUCACCUUCAUAAAAAAAAAAUUGUGUAGGGAAGUUGCAUUCUAUCACGGGUUUGGAAUCAUGCAGAGGUAUUUCAAACCCUUUCUCGAAAUGUUUGUUUAAUCUAAUUAUGCUCUUUUACUAAUGGUUGUUAAUGCCUUCUCGUGUGAUUGCUCUCCUGUGUAGGGAUUUUAACUCUUAAGUCCACAGUCUGCUGAUGGAUAAAAGUAUAUGCUUAUGGUUGCAACUAGCUCGUGCAUUCACUAUUCUUGUUAAGAAGUACACAAAAGAGGUAAGGCUGAAAAGGGACAUCCUUCUCUUCUCAUUUUUGUUGCUACAGCUCCUGAAGUUCUCUUAGGAGGUACCUGCUAAUCAGUUGUAGAGGACAUAUGGUCCAUUGGUUGCAGAUUUGGUAAAUGCCAAUGUUUCUUACUGUGCAAUUUUUGCAAGCCCCUAACAUUUUAAUUCAUGAUCAGUCUGUUAGUUUUUUUUUUGUUCUUGGCCAUGUUCAUGAGUUGCAGUUGAAUUAGUGAAUCUUCAAGCUAUUUAGUUGGUAGCAAUGCUGCCCGUAGUGGGUAUCGACAAAAGAAGGAUCCAGCUUGGGAUUAUGCCGAGCGAAUCAUCUCAGAAACCGGAAAAAUGUGGCAUAAAUGUUUGUUGUGUAGCCAUGUGAUUAAAGGCGGAGUGAUUAACAGGGUGAAGCAACAUUUGGCUGGACGAAAAGGUGACGGUAGUCCUUGCCCACAAGUUACUCAUGAUAUUCAAGUGAGGUUUAGGGCUUUGCUUGAUGAGUCAGCUAGACCAAAAGUUGGGUCAAGGAAGCGAAAUGAAAGUGAAGAUGUUGAUGAGUCGGAUGAGCAAAUCAACACAAGCUCAACAAUAUCAAAACCUCAACCAAGUUUCUUUGCUCCAAGAACAACACCAGGAGCUCAACCUGGAAUUCGAAGUGCUUUUGCUGGAAAAGAGGCAAAGAAAAAUGCAGACAUAUAGUUGCUAAAUGGUUUUAUCAUGCUAAGCUGCCGUUCAAUGCUGCACACUCUGAAUUUUACCAAAUGGCAUUUGAUGCAGCAAUUGCUAUUGGCCCUGGAUAUAAGGUACCUUCUUAUCAUCAGCUUAGAGUUCCUUUGUUGAGAGAUGUCAAAGAAGAAUGCACAUUGAUCAUACAUGAUUAUCGCAAGAGUUGGGAAGUUACUGGAUGCACUUUGAUGGCUGAUGGUUGGACGGAUAUGAGUCAAAGAUCAUUGAUUAAUUUUCUAGUAUAUUGUCCAAAAGGUGUCUGUUUUCUGAAAUCCGUGGAUGCAUCUGACAUGGUUAAGGAUGCAAGCACUUUGGCCGACUUGUUUGGUGGUGUGAUUGACAUGAUUGGGCCAAAGAAUAUUGUGCAUUUUGUCACAGAUAAUGCUCCUAAUUAUGUUGCUGCGGGAAGAAGAAUUCAUGAGAAGUAUAAGAGCAUUUUUUGGUCUCCAUGUCUUGCACAUGUUCUUAAUCUUUUGUUGAAAGAUAUUUACAAGAUGAAACAUGUGUCAAACUUGGUUUCACAAGCUCAGAAGAUCAGUGUGUUUGUCUAUAGUCAUCUUCCCAUCUUAGCUUUUUUGAAAAAGUUAGAGGAUUGGAAACAGAUUGUGCGUCUAGGAGCUACUCGAUUUGCUACAAGCUUCAUAUGUAUGAAAAGUGUGUAUGAUCAUAGGCCACUGUUGGAACAACUUGUUACAAGUAGCUUCUUUACAUCUCACAAGUUGGGAAAGUAGAAAGAGGGGAAGCACAUCAAGUCAAUUGUGUUGGAUAACAAUUUCUGGCAGGAUUGUUUAGUGAUUGUGAAGUUGACAUUGCCAAUCGUGAAGUUGUUGAGGAUUGUUGAUUCUGAUAAGCAACCAUCUUUGGGGUAUGUGCAUGAUGGAAUCAUGAGGAUAAAGAAGACUAUCAAGAACACUUUUAUGGGCAAUGGAAGAGGGGCUGAUGUAUAUUUGAAGUUAAUUGAUGCUAGAUGGGAUAAGCAUCUUCGAUAUAGCAUCUAUGGAGGUGCUUAUUAUCUGAACCCGGUUUUUCAAUAUACUCAGGAAGCUCGAGAGGAGCGUGGUUUGCAAACUUGUCUUAUUGAUCUUCUUGAAACUGAAGGCCUAUGUGAUAAUGUAGAAGAAGCAAUGCAAGAGAUUAGACUUUUUAGAGAUAGGCUUGGAAACUUUGGGAAGAAAUAAGCUAUCUCGUGUACUUCCACUUUACCUCCAGGUAAUCAAUUCUAAUUACUUGUUAGUUGUUACAUAUUUAGUUAUAAGCUUACAAUGUUUUCGAAGUUUAUAUACUUAUUUAUAAUAAUUUGCCUGAAUGAAAAGCUGAAUGGUAGACACUAUUUGGAGAAGAUGCUCCACAUUUGAGGAAGCUAGCUAUUCGACUUUUGUCUCAAACAUCAUCUUCUUCUGGAUGUGAGCGGAACUGGAGUGUGUUUGACCAAAUUCAUAGUAAGCGGAGGAAUCGAUUGGAACAUCAAAGAUUGAAUGAUCUUGUUUAUGUGACUUACAAUUUGAGGUUGAAGAAUAGGUAAUGAUUAAAUUGUAUACAACAUU